GGAAGUGGUCUUAGAACGUAACGUUAAGAAAAUGGCUGCCAUUUUUCUCCUUCUUUUCUUACUUUUAAAUUCAUCGCGUCGCUUGAUUUUUGGAAUAGAAAGACUUGCCUCGAAUGAAGUUCCGUUUAAAUCAAGAAAUGUAGGAUCAACGACAAAUUGCGGGCCACCGAAACCUUUUGAGGAUAAUACCGAACUAAAAUGGCGCCCCAAUGCUCGGAACCAAAGCGUGUUUUUACCGGGAGAGAACGCUGAAUUUGUUUGUAAGAAAGGAUUUCGUCAGAUUGGAUGGCUACAAACACUGACUUGUCAGAAGAACGGCAGUUGGUCGCCUCGAUCGUCAAGUAUUAGGGAUGGCUUUAGAUCAGGUGACUGUGCCAAGGGUUAUUGUCUUUCUAACAACUGUAAUGGCAGCGAAGUCUUUAACUGUUCAUCAGGCAGCAAAGCUGUCUCCAUCUGUAAGAAGUGUGACUGUAAUUUAGAUUGCCCGGAUGGAAGCGAUGAAUUCAACUGUGGACCAAUCUUAGUAAACUUCACAGGACGAGCCGUUGGCGAGAUAACCUCACCUAAAAGUGAUGUUAAAAAUUACACUGGACAUCUGACUUGCAGAAGAACUUUGUGGACUGAUGAUCCAGGCUUUUACAUUAAGCUACUGUUUACAGACUUUGCUAUGUCUGGGCAUUGCGAAGAUAAUUACAUUUACUUGGAAAAUGCGACUUUUAGCGGCACGGAUUCAUCGCCAAAUUGUUGCAAGAAAAAUACGAACGUUUCUUGCGCCUUUGGCAAUGGAACUGGCGCUCCCUCUUUAGCGCAUACCAACAGAAACUUCAUGAUUGUAAACUACGUUUCUAAGGACUCAAAUUCUCCGAGUUUUUCAGCUAAAUGGUUCAACGUGAAUGGGAAUUUUCCCCGCGGUCUUAUUCCAAAGGAAGAUUCGCAUUGGGGAGAAAGGAUAACAAUCCCACGCUCAAAGCCAAAAAACGUCAAGGAUGACGCGACAGACCCAACUUAUAUUGCCGCAGUUGUCAUUUUUUCCUUAAUCGUUUUUGCUGUUUUGGCAAUUGUGUCGUGCAAAGUGGGACGGCAUCUUCUAGGACCCCGCUGUAGUGUUGGUUAUUGCUGCAGUUGGAUUGCAGCCAGACGGCAUUUGCAAUCUCCUCGCUUGUCACCGCGUCGAGAAGGAUCACCAGAAACCAGGCCCACCGAAGGGAACAUUCAAAACGAACGAACACGUUUAAGGACCCAGAGAAAUGUCCCUGUUGAUGCAGGGGGCUCUUUGUCUCUAAGGACCCGAUAUGGGAGCGGCGGAGAGGGCGUGGCUUGAAUUUCCACCAGAUAAUUAAUCUAAGGGUAGCUUUAUUUCCUUACGCUAACAGCUUCCUACAGUGAAUUUUUUUUUUUUUUGAAACCAGACAAUUAAAUUCUCGUUAUUUUAUCGGUUCCAAGCAAAAUUUCCCCUUUUUUUUCCAAGUAAGUGGGAUUCAGUCACGACUUUUGGUGAAAACUCUUCAAAAUAGGGAAUGUUUUGAAGCUCUUGCUUCAUCUUGCUACUUAUUUUAUCGGAAUUGUUCACAUUUACCUUUUUUUCUACAAACUAAAUGAUCGUUAUUCAUCAACGAAGAAUAUUAUUUUUAUUUUUAAUUUCUGAUACAAAAAAUUAGGGCGUUAGGUUGUACAAUUACAACUGUUUGAUUAUAUGAGAAUGAAAGAAAAUUAUUCGGAAUCAUCAGUAUAUUUGAAGCCUAAGUUAUAUGUAUUAAAUGCGUUGUUUUAGCAACUCCAUACUUGAACGUUGGACCCAUAGGGAAUAACUACGACAAUUGAUUUCACCCACCUUAUUGCUGUGUAGCGCUAAACUUAUCCAGUGCUCCGUUAACUAAAUGACAAUGGUUUUUCCGGCUCAAGUUAACACGUUGAUUGAUAUUUGAUUAAUAAUUAAUUUUUGCUUAACAAUUUGAGGCGUAGCCAUUUAAGCCAGAAAAUUAACCUUUAACCUACACGUGAAACAGUUUUUGACCACGCACUGGGUUUACAACCACGUUUUCUUUGGUUAACUGUUGAAUUGUUUGCUUACCCGCUUAUUAGUCUUUGAUAGGAAAACAAUUUGGCUGUUUUCAUUUUAGUUCUCUUCUGUGCAGUUUUAUGAUGCUUUCGCAAUUACAGUAGAUUUCUUACGUAUCAUUAGAUCGUAGAAAAACGUUAUGCGAUUUGUAGUCCAGCCAAUUGUUGAGAGCCAACCAUUUUCCAGCGAAGCAUCCAGAUUUAGAAGCAACGAAUAGUUAAUUAAGGACCUCAGAAGAUAAUUCUCGUCUAAAGUACAGUUAUCAACUUAGUCAAAGACUUUGAAACUAUUUUCGCUUAUUUUGUUUUGUCUCUGCUUUUUUGUUUGUCUUAAGAUAAGGAGAAAGUGAUUCAAAGUCGAGCACUCUCUGUACCCCUUCUACUUUUGUAUGCUAGUGCUAAUGCUGCAAACAAGUUAAAGUGCAUUCAUACACAAAUAUAGUUUGAAAAGUUAGAACUGAGUUUAUUUAUGAUGUUAUAAAAAGAGCAAACAAACGAUUAUACUUUUUAGUCCUCCUGAAGAGAGCCCGCGUUCCAGCGGAUGACAUAAUUAAUUUUUAUUGUACAACUAUACGUCCUGUUCUGGAAUACUGCGCACAAAUAUUCCAUCAUGCGUUACCUGCGUGUCUUAGUGAUGACAUUGAAAGGGUCCAAAGGCGCGCAUUAUCCAUCAUUUCACCAGAACUGUCAUACCAUGAUUCUUUAGAAAGGCACGGUUUAGCUUCGCUCUAUGACAGACGCAUGAAAUUGUGUACGGAUCUAUUUUUGUCUGUCUCAAAUCCAUCUCACAAAUUAUAUAAUUUGCUGCCAGAUAGGCAUCUUUCAGCUUACAAUACUAGACAUCGGCGCGUUUUUAACAUGCCGCGCUUUCGCACUGAUUGUUUUAAAUCUUCAUUUAUCCCGGCUAUGUGCGCGUGUGCUAACCUGGAUUUUUAGCUAUUCCACUGCUGUAUAUUAGUUAUAUUUGUUAUAUUAGUAAUUUUAUUUAGUUCUUAGCAUUUUUGUAAUUGGUUGUCUUAUAUAGUCUUAUAUAAUCAAAGAUUGUGAAAAGCACGCAAUUCAGCCUAUGGCUGCAAUGUAUUUUAUUUGGUAAUAAACUAUCUAUCUA